AAAUGUAAGUCAAAAAAUAUUCCAUACUGCACGCAAAUCAAGGUUCACAGAUUAUUGAAUCAGCUAGAAUAAGAGCACUAAAGAGGUUUACCUCUGGCGAAUAACACGCGCCUUUUAAAAUAGCAGAUCGAUUUAAAAUGUAAAACGCGCGAGAAAAUAUUUUGUGUGUGUCAUAAAAAUGGAAGACGUGGAAGGUGGUUCAGAUGGGGCAAGUGGAAAACAAUUUUCUAUCUGUUUGCUAAUAAGGACUAUUUAUCAUGUUAUUUAUUUUCUCGGAGACAAUGUGGUGGCCUGCUGGGCUCUAAUGAUUUGGUACAAUGUAGGAGACCAAGACCUUGACAAUAAUGCGAUAUACAACCUUAAAUAUUUGGGACCAGCAUUCUUUACGAAUUGGAAUUUUUCGUUUCAAACAAUAUUCCUCGGUCUAUCCCUGCUCUAUGAUUUUCUGGAGUGGGCUGGCAAACACAAUGGUAACCUGGGUACAAAAAUUCACUACUGGCGUGAUGUCCUGUUCUGUGGGUGUGUGCUGCCCUUCACAUUGUUCGUCUCAUCAAUGUUCUGGACGGUCUACGCCAUUGACCGUGAGCUGGUCUUUCCGAAGAUCUACGAUGAUGUGAUCCCCUGGUGGUUCAACCACUGCGUCCACACUAAUAUUCUGGUGGUGCUCGCGUUAGAGACGCUGCUGCAGCCCAGAAGAAAACCUACUGAUGAGAAGGUGGAAGUCACAAUAUAUUGGAGCGUGGCUCUUAUGUACGCUGUUGUAUACUACACUAUAUACUUUACGACACAUCGGUGGUUGUACCAAGUAUUCGGUGUGAUGACAUGGUGGCAAGUCUGUCUUUACCAGCUUUGGAUAUGGGGGUCAUCGUUCGUCUUCUACAAACUUCAAUUCCCAAUCAAUAGACUCAUUCACGGGGAUGAGAGUCAAGAGAUACCGGAGGCUAAUGGAGAGACAAAAACAGGUGAACAAGUAAUGAGCCCAAAAGAACAAAGCGGAAAAUUGAUAACGGAUUUGAAGACUCCACCGUUUUCCACGAGGUCUUGGAGUGUGAAGUUUAAGAAUAUAAGGAACCAAUUCGAGAGUUCACGACUAUGAUAUUGGAAUACUAUUCAUACGGUGUGUAUUAAGGCAAGUUCUUAAGCAUACACCUAAAAGCUACCGCGGAGAACUACUCCGCUGCACGAAAACUAGACGAUGUAAUUAUUUUAAAGUCAAAACUUAUUCUGUAUAUAGAAAAUUUUGCUACAGGCCCUGUUAUUUCCGUGUCUCUUUGUGAUCGAAGAAAUUGCUAUGAUAGUUCUAUUUAUUGAAUGGCAAUUAAAACAGAGAAAAGAGCGUACCAAUUCUUAAAAUAUCGACGCACUCGCGAGCCCUCUGGCACAGUGUCAAUCGGCGGCGGUGUGAAUAAACAUCGGCGCUGCCGGAUUGCAUCCUGUUCUAAAAAAUAUAGAAAUUGUGAUAGAAAAAUGCGCCAAUUGUUUAUUUUUGUAUUGUUUAUUAUUUUAGUUUAUAGUCCUUCUAUUUAAAAAAUGUAAAUCUGUUUCAUUUAGACUACUCGCUUUUUCCCUGUUCUCCGUCUAAUUGUAUUUACGUUGUACUGAAAAGAAAUAUAAAUAUUUUACUUAAAAGUUUAAGCAAAUAAACAGUUUUUUAUGAAUAAAACGUGGGUGUGGGUACGAACACAAUGUCAUAUAAAUACAAUGUACCAAGUCCAAUUUUGUUAAUUUUGAUUAGAGGAGUAUACUUUUUUGAAAAUAUAUUUAUCUUAAGUAAAAUAAUAAUAUAUUUAAUGAAAUAAAUGGCCAUUUAGUCAAUGCCGAAUAUUCUAUUAAAAUAUUAAUUCAAGAAAAGACGCAAACCUAUUGAGAUAUUUUUUUGUAUUUUAUUAAAUUUGUAUUAUUUAAUAGUCGGCCAAAUAUUUUAUAUUACCAUUGAAGUUUAUAUUACCAUCAUAAUAUAGUUUUUUUAAAUAAUUCAUUUAAUAAUUAGUUUUAUAUAAAUUACAUAAAUGAUACCAGAGUUAGGACACCAUUACAUUAUUAUAAUUAGUAAUAUGUGUUACGUGUAACGUUUUAUGUGUUUGUAGAAAUGUGGUGAUAGAAGUACAUAAAUUUUAUGUUAUUU